AUGGCUAAUACUUCGGAAUGUCGCUGGUUGCUUGUUAAAGCGCAGAAAGCUGUUUUGUCCCCUUCACACGACAUUUCACCCGCCUCAGUACUUGUGGAUCGCACCACAGGAAAGGUUAUUGAGGUUACAACAGGCAACAAGGCUCUGGUAACCCAGACCGACCCAACUAAAACCGAAGUUAUGGUUCUUUCCAAAGACCAGGUUCUUAUACCCGGACUGCUAGAUGCACAUGUGCAUCUCAAUGAGCCUGGACGAACUGAAUGGGAGGGGUUUGCAACCGGAACAAGAGCAGCUGCUGCAGGUGGUAUUAGCACAGUGAUAGAUAUGCCAUUAAAUGCAAUUCCGCCAACAACAACGCCUGCAAAUUUUGAGACAAAACUUGCAGCAGCAUCAGGACAGUGCCAUGUUGACGUUGGAUUCUGGGGAGGCGUUGUGCCUGACAAUGCAGAGGAGCUGCCAAACCUGAUUUCAAUGGGAGUAAGAGGAUUCAAAUGCUUUUUGAUCGAAAGUGGUGUCGAUGAAUUUCCAUGUGUGAAUGAAGCCCAGGUACGAUUGGCCAUGGAUAAAUUGGCCAACACAAACAGUUUGUUUCUCUUCCACGCAGAGAUGGAGGCUGGUGUCAGCUACAAUGUAGAGGGAGACGAGCGCGCCUACUCUAGCUUCCUGAACUCUCGUCCUCAGGUACUGGAGACUACGGCUAUUGAUAUGAUCAUCCGCUUGACACGCGAGUAUCAUCAAAAGAACAAACCAGUCAACACCCAUAUUGUUCACUUGUCGGCCGCGUCUGCUAUUCCUGCAAUUAGAGCAGCCAAGAAAGAGGGUCUUCCAUUGACAGUAGAAACCUGUUUCCACUAUCUUAACUUUACGUCAGAGGCAAUUGAGGAUGGUGCAACUCAUUAUAAGUGUUGCCCUCCUAUUAGAGAGGCUGUGAAUCGAGAUGCUCUUUGGGAUGCUCUUUUGGAUGGUACCAUUGAUUAUGUUGUGAGUGAUCAUUCUCCAUGUACUGCACAGCUUAAAAAACUUGACUCGGGUGACUUUGCCCAGGCCUGGGGAGGUAUCGCAAGUGUGCAGUUUGGUCUUCCUGUGUUAUGGUCUGAAGGCCGCAAGAGAGGUGCCACGAUCCAAAAUAUUGUCCAUUGGUUAAGUUAUGCACCCGCCAAACUCACACAGCUUUCUCAUCGUAAAGGUCAAGUCUGUGUCGGGCAUGACGCUGAUCUGGCUAUCUGGCGCCCUGAUGCCGCCUUUGACAUCAAAAUUGAGGAUAUUCAAUUCAAAAACAAGCUCUCUCCAUACAUUGGCAAACACUUCCAGGGCACUGUUGAUCGCACACUGGUGCGCGGUCAGGUAGUCUUUGAUCGCGCUGCUAUUAGCUCCUUCCCACCCCCCCUGGGUAAAGUCAUACUCGAAUAG